AUGGAGCAACAAAGUCGAGGGAAUAAUACCGAGGAAGAGUUGAUGAGGGUCUCAUUAGGAAGGCAAAAGAGCCCGAGUGGUAUCAACAAAGAGUGUUAUUUUUGCGGAGGCGCAUUUCCACACGCGGGAGGAAAGGAGAAAUGCCCGGCAUGGGGAAAGAGAUGCACCACAUGCGGGAAGCUGAAUCAUUUUGCCAAAUGCUGUAGGAGUAAAAGGAAAGGAAAUAAGAGUAUCGUAAAGACAGUUCAUCAGGAGGUGCAUUCAGGUAGCAGUGACGCGGAAUCCCUUUGUGUGAUCGAAGAAGUUGGGGCUGUCGAAAGCAACCCAAAACCCAGGCCAGUAAGAAAUAUAAAAAUCGAAAACCGCGAAGCCAAAGUGCUGAUCGACACAGGAGCGUCGGUUAACGUAAUGGAUGAAGGCACCUUUCAGCAGCUACUUGCCAAUAAGAUCAAAUUGGAGAAGUCGACAAGUGUUUUGCACUCGUACCAAACGAAUGAAAACCCGUCCAGGCCAUUAAUCGUUAUGGGCAAACUCGAUGCAGUCGUAGAGUCAAACACGAGAAUCAUCCCGGCAACGUUCCACGUCAUUAAAGGUAACACUAACACGGAACCCUUAAUAGGAUUUCAGACUGCCGAAAGUCUUGGCCUGGUGGUGAUUACGAAUGCAAUACGAACUGAUUCUGAAAUGUUCACGAGCAAAUUACUUGAGGAAUACGCAGACGUGUUCCUGAGGAUCGGAAAAAUGGAAGGAGUACACCGUGAGCCCCUGCUGAUCACCCGAGACAUACCUGGAUGCCUCAACAUCAGUGACGACAUUCUUGUGUACGGAAAAACCCAACAGGAACAUGAUCGAAAUCUAGAUAAAUUAUUCAAGAAGGCUAGAGAAAAGAAGAUCACGUUUAACAAGGGAAAGUGUGAAUUCAAUAAGCAAAGUUGUGUGUAUUACGGGAUGAAGUUAGCUAAAGAUGGAGCAUCCCCUGACCAGCGAAAGGUUGAGGCUAUCAAUGCGGCCGAGCCUCCUCGCAACGCGAAGCAACUCAACUCAUUCCUAUGUACAGUGCAAUACAACACGAGAUUGAUGGAAAAGUAUGCUCCUCAAACCGGCCUUCUGAGAGGUUUACUCAAAGCCAACGUUUUUGCUGGGACGAGAGAUCAUCAGGAAGCGUUCGAGUUUGAAAGAAGGCCUUAG